AUGGAUAUAACAAACCAAACAAGAGUGACAGAGUUCAUUUUUCUUGGGUUUCCUGGUGUUCUACAUCUGCGGAUCACCUUGUUUGUGAUAUUUCUUAUUGUAUAUCUGCUCUCCCUCAUGGGAAACACCCUCAUUAUUUUUCUUGUUCUCAUGGAUAUCACACUCCAAACGCCCAUGUACAUUUUCUUAGGAAAUUUGUCAUUCCUGGAGAUCUGGUACACCACAGCCACGGUGCCUAAAUUGCUGGACACCUGCCUCUCACAGGUUGUUACCAUCUCUGUUUCUGGUUGUAUCACCCAGUACUACUUCUUUUUCUCUAUGGGAGCUACAGAGUGCAUCCUGCUGGCGGUGAUGGCCUAUGAUCGGUACCUGGCCAUCUGCAGUCCUCUCCAUUAUUCACUCCUCAUGAGUAUUCGUAUGUGCCUGCAGUUUUCAGCUGGAUCUUGGAUUGGGGGCUUCAUUGCCCCUCUCCCACCUACCAUACUCAUUUCUCAUCUAAAUUUCUGUGGCCCCCAGAAGAUUAACCAUUUCUUUUGUGACUCAGACCCCAUUUUCAAACUCUCUUGCUCAGAUACAUUUUUGGUGGAGACUUUGGGUUACACAUGUACCUCUGUCGUGAUUCUAAGUUCUUUCCUUCUCACUAUGUCCUCUUAUGGCUACAUAGUGGUCACAAUAAUCAAGCUGUCUUCCCAAAAGGCACAAAAAAAAACUUUCUCCACCUGUGCCUCCCACCUCACUGUGGUCUCUAUCUAUUAUGGCACCAUUAUCUUUGCCUAUGUUCACCCUCCAGCGAAGCACAACUUCACCAUUGGUAAAGUGAUCUCAGUGUUUUACUGUGUGGUUACCCCUUUGGUAAACCCUCUCAUAUAUACACUGAGAAACAAAGAUGUGAAGACAGCUUUCAGAAAAGUUCUAGCAAGAAAGAUAUUGCUUUUGACCACAAACAUGCAAAGGAUUUGA